UCCUCACAGCUGGCGCGUGCAGUGAGUUUGAAUUUGCGGAAUAAAUCGUCAUAACAUUAUUUUUAAGGCUAAUUUGGGGCUCAUGAUGGAUGCCAAGCAUGCCACACUCGUCCACUGGUUCCGCAAAGGUCUCCGCGUCCACGACAACCCCGCAUUGACACAAAUCUUUGCGGCGGCCAACGCUGCGCCUGAAAACAUCCAUGUGCGACCGAUUUUCAUUCUAGAUCCAGGGAUUCUCGAUUGGAUGCAGGUGGGCGCCAACCGCUGGCGUUUCCUGCAACAGACGCUCCACGACCUGGACCAGCAGCUAAGGCAGCUCAACUCACGUUUGUUUGUGGUGCGUGGCAAGCCCGUGGAUGUUUUUCCCCGCAUCUUUAAAAGCUGGCGUGUGGAACUGCUGACAUUCGAGACAGACAUCGAGCCCUAUGCACUGCAACGCGAUGCAGCUGUACAGAAAUUGGCCAAAGACGCGGGAAUCAAGGUGGACACACAUUGUUCCCAUACAAUUUAUAAUCCAGAGCUGGUCAUUGCCAAGAAUAUGGGCAAGGCGCCCAUAACAUAUCAAAAGUUUUUGAGUGUGGUGGAUCAGCUGAAGGCUCCCAAGGUGCUGCAGUUACCAGGGAAAUUGUCAAAGAAAGCGCUGCCGCCCAAGGAUGAAGUGGAGCAGCAGGAUGGAGCAGCAUACGAUUGUCCUACUUUGCAGCAGUUGGUGAAGAAACCAGAAGAUCUGGGACCCAAUAAAUUUCCUGGCGGUGAAACCGAGGGUCUGAGACGUAUGAAAGAGUCGCUACAGGAUGAGCUUUGGGUGGCUCGCUUCGAGAAGCCAAACACCGCACCCAACUCCCUGGAGCCCAGCACCACGGUGCUCAGUCCGUAUCUGAAGUUUGGAUGCCUCAGUGCAAGGCUCUUCCAUCAGCAGUUAAAGGAGAUUCUUAAGCGGCAGUCCAAGCACUCACAGCCGCCCGUCUCCCUCAUUGGACAACUUUUGUGGCGUGAAUUCUACUACACGGUGGCCGCAGCCGAACCCAACUUCGAUCGCAUGCUGGGGAAUGUGUACUGCCUGCAGAUACCCUGGCAGGAGCAGGCCGACCAUCUGGAAGCCUGGACCCAUGCACGCACGGGCUAUCCGUUCAUCGAUGCCAUUAUGCGGCAGUUGCGGCAGGAGGGCUGGAUACACCACCUGGCACGACACGCCGUUGCUUGCUUUCUGACGCGCGGCGAUCUCUGGAUCAGUUGGGAGGAGGGGCAGCGUGUGUUUGAGCAAUUGCUGUUGGAUCAGGACUGGGCUCUAAAUGCCGGCAACUGGAUGUGGCUCUCGGCAUCGGCGUUCUUUCAUCAAUACUUUCGUGUCUACAGCCCCGUUGCAUUUGGCAAGAAAACCGAUCCCCAAGGCCACUACAUACGCAAGUAUGUGCCAGAGCUGGCCAAGUAUCCGAAUGGCUGCAUCUACGAACCCUGGAAGGCGACACUGGCCGACCAACGGGCAUACGGCUGCGUUCUGGGCGUUGACUAUCCGCAUCGCAUCGUUAAGCACGAGCUGGUGCACAAGGAGAACAUCAAGCGGAUGAGUGCUGCCUACAAAGUGAAUCGGGAAGUGCGCACCGGCAAAGAGGAGGAUUCUCCUGAGGCGGAUCGCUCGGCCACAGGCAAGCGAAAGGUGGCAAAGACCACAGCAAAUGCCGCAAAACGCAAACGCUAAAAGACAUUAUUAUAUUACCCCUAGUAGGGGUAGAUAUUGUUUUAUAUUAAUUUAAAAAACAAAUUUAUAAUGUGAUUGCAGAAUCUCUGUGAAUGGAAUUGAACUAUAAAUUGUGUAUAUAUUGAAGCUUAGUUUUAAUUUGCUGCGAGUAAUCUAUACCUUCUCAUCAAUAGCCAGCAUCCCCAAUGGUCAGCCAGUCAAUGGGAAUGGCUUCAAAGGCUGCUUUUGUGGCUCAUGCUCUGCAAGAAUAAUUGCGGUAGUGCGCCAAAUAAUUAUUGUCCUCUUUUAUCAUUAAGUGCCCAGUUUAAUAUGAAUGACGAUGAGCAUUGGAGUUAGCUUUGCCCUCUGUAACUAAUUAUUAUUUCAUUUAUAUUGAUGUAAAAACCAAUGGCAAACAUAGUGUCAGCUCAGAUGUCAAUGAAUACUCUUUCCCAGUUGGCUUAGCUUUUUCUCGCCUGCCAAAUUUGCUUGCAUUUUGUUGGUUUUUCAAUUUUUGUUAAAUUUCCCAAACUACUUAGCCUUGAAAUCGACUUUUCCCUGGAUUUGUGUAGGAAAACGUUCGGAUUACACCAGAAAAUCUCAGUCUAAACCCACUUUUCGGCAAGUCAAGACCAGUUCCAAUAUUUGUUUGAAAAAAAAACGAAAAAAACAGACCCAGUAAAUUUUAUAUUCCCUUU